CUCAAAGUCUAGCCGGGCUGGAGAACCCGCACGGUCCCGAGGGGCAGCCGGAGUGAGGUCCCUACGUCCCGUGUGGUCAGUCCUCCAAGCCUGGGACGCUCGAGGUGAGAGGCGGAGCCCUUGAAGUCCAGAGACUAGAACAGCACAUCAGUGGAGCGGCCAAUCGCGGAUCCAGCCCCUUGGCACCAGUCCUGAUCUCGCGACCCCGGACAGCCCCCCAGGUUGAAGAACACGGGUGGUGGUGAGCGGCAGCAGGGACACCGCGCUGCCGGGGUAAUGUGGGUGUCUUUACCCCAGUGCAGUUCCGAGCCUCUCCGCUGCCUCCUACUUAUUUGGCACCUGAAUCUGGAUUGGAGAAAGAAGCUAGACGCGAGGACCUUUGGCAGGAGCUCCUGUGGAGGUGUCUCAGCCUUUGAGCCUGAAAAACUUCUGCUGACUGAGUGUUUGCAUUUCUCAAUCUGCAUUCCAUUUACAUGAAGUGAGAGAGAAGCUGGUUAGGCCUGGUUCUGCAUCUUGUUUCUGGAAAAAAACCCAGACUCUGCCCUGGGCAACCAACUGAAUCCUGAACUUAAGGACACAGUUCUGAGAAAUUUGGGAACAUGAUAAGGAACUGGCUGAUUAUUUUUAUCCUUUCCCCCCUGAAGCUCAUAGAGAAAUGUGAGUCCACCGUCAGCCUCACUGUUCCUCCUGUUGUGAAGCUGGAGAACAACAGUUCAGCCAACGUUAACAUCACCCUCGGGCAACCAUUAAAUGCAACCUUGGUGAUCACAUUUGAAAUCACAUUUCGUUCGAAAAAUAUCACUAUCCUUGAGCUCCCUGAUGAAGUUGUGGUGCCUCCGGGAGCAACAGAUUCUUCUUUUCAAGUAACGUCUCAAAAUGUUGGACAAGUUACUGUUUAUCUGCAUGGAAAUCAUUCCAACCAGACUAGCCCAAGGAUACGCUUCUUGGUGAUCCACAGCAGCGUCGUGAGCAUCAUAAACCAGGUGAUUGGCUGGAUCUACUUUGUGGCCUGGUCCAUCUCCUUCUACCCUCAGGUGAUCAUGAACUGGAGGCGGAAAAGUGUCAUUGGUCUGAGCUUUGAUUUCCUGGCCCUGAACCUGACAGGCUUUGUGGCCUACAGUGUGUUCAACAUCGGCCUGCUCUGGGUGCCCUAUAUCAAGGAGCAGUUUCUCCUCAAAUACCCCAAUGGAGUGAACCCUGUGGACAGUAAUGAUGUCUUCUUCAGCCUGCACGCAGUCGUCCUCACGCUGAUUGUCAUCAUGCAGUGCUGCCUAUAUGAGCGAGGCAGCCAGCGCGUGUCAUGGCCUGCUGUCAGCUUCCUGGUGCUCUUGUGGCUCUUUGCGUUCAUCACCAUGAUUGUAGCUGCGGCUGGGGCGACAACAUGGCUGCAGUUUCUCUUCUGCUUCUCCUACAUCAAGCUCGCAGUCACACUGGUCAAGUAUUUUCCACAGGCCUACAUGAACUUUUACUACAAAAGCACUGAGGGCUGGAGCAUUGGCAAUGUGCUCCUGGACUUCAUCGGGGGCAGCUUCAGCCUCCUCCAGAUGUUCCUCCAGUCCUACAACAACGACCAAUGGACAUUGAUCUUCGGAGACCCCACCAAAUUCGGACUUGGCAUCUUCUCCAUCUUCUUUGACAUUGUCUUCUUUAUCCAGCACUUCUGCUUGUACAGAAAGAAACCAGGGCUUCAGGCAGCACAUACAGGUUCUGACAGCUGUCUCAGGCAGGACUGGGCACUGAGCUUGCAGCCAAAGGCCUCGCCCCAAACAACCAGUGUUUCUGGGAGCAGCUUGAAGGGCUGACCCUGCAGCUGGAGAGCCAAGGCCACUUUGUUGCCACCACUGUGUUCCCAGAGACCAAGCAGCCAGGUGCUAUGGCCAGUGGACUCAGGUGCUGGUGCUGGUGGUGGAGGGGCUAGACUUUGGGGUCAGGCCUUGGGGUACUCUCUCUGCAGGCCCCUUUCCUGACACCCAUUCUAGGUAACUCAGCAUCCACGACUACAACCGCAGCUGGCCCAAGCCAGAAUACUUCUGAGCCUGAGGUGCCCACCAGAAUGGCUCUGAACUGGACUCAUACCCAGCACCCUCUGGAGCUUUGUCACACAGUCAGACUAUCUAUCACACUAACACCUUUCACAUAUUUUGGAGGGAUGUCUUGGAAGUGACUGACUUUCUUCUGCCCUCUCCUACCUCCACCUUCCCAGAGUCAGAUGCCAGCUCCCCAACUGCUCCUUACCCAGCAUCUGCAGUGCAGAAUACACAUACACACACACUCCACUCUUCCCACCAGUCUGUGCCUUAGAAGCCUGUAGAUCUGCCAAAUGAUGAGAGCAGCUCCCCUGGAAGGGUGGACAGGCCCCUUUGCUCCCCUUUUACCAGACAGGACCUUACCUGAGACUCAGCAAUUUUAUGGCUGUUUAGGAGCCUCGGAUAAUUUGAGACCACGUCACACAGUCCUUAUGGGCCCAAUCCUGACCUCAAACCUCCCUUCUCACCUUAGCUGUUAUUUUUCUCAAUUUGUCAAUUCUUCCCAUGGCAGGAGGGGAGGGUCCCAGAAAGUGCCUUGUACAUGCCUUGAGUUUGUCUGUCCACUCUGGCUUUUCUACAAGACCAGUGUGAGGCCUGUAUUGCUAAUUAAAAUCUGACUUGUUUCCUUUCUGCACACUCUGAGGAUUUGCUGGAUACAGGAGACAGGCAUGUUGGCCUUCUGAACCAAGUCCUUGGGGCUUAGGGCAAUGGCCUUGCUCACUCGUGUAAGAAGUGUGUAGGGUUACUGCCGCAAGGUGGCUGCAUGCUGACCUUGCACUUCGCUGGGAAGCCUUCUUUGGUAGUGGAAGACACCUGCCCACCCAGGGCCAGGUAGGUCUCACAGGUACCAUGUCUAUGCCAUUACUGGUGUAUGUCACUCACAAUGUGGAUGUGAAUGGGGCCUCAAUGAGGUUUUUAAAAGAAUGCCACCACUGGGAGGAGGGGCAGUGGGGUCUCAUUAUCCAGUCUUCCUCUAUCCAGUUGUAACUAAUACCCAAGAAUCCAAGGUCUUGUCAACAUACAGCAAAGAUGGCAGCCUGACCAAACCCAACCUGUUUUAUUUGGUCACCCACUGAUUUUUCACAGAAUGUGUUACUAGAUGUCAUACUUUACAUAUGGGAGAUUUCCAAUUCUUUUCUUUAAAAAUCUGAUUUGGCAAUGCUAGGCAGGUCUUGGAGUGGCAGCACUUUCCAGGUACUCUUGGGCUCACCCCCUCCUGGACAGAUCUCAGCCCCUGGGGUCAUUUAGGGUUGCACCCCUGGCUGUACACAGAGCACAUUUACAGAGCCUUAGGGACAGGUAUUUUUCCCAUGAAUCCCUGGGUGUCCACAAGGCCCCUCCUGGGUAGGAGCUAGACCUAGGUUGCAUGGGAAUUGGUGUACUUAGGGGCUUGAUACCCAAGAAACUACACAUACCCUAGGCUCCCCACUUCAGCUGCAAUGAAGGUGCUCCCAGACACUCCCACAGAUGUGGUUUUGCAAAGAGCAGUGAGGCUUCUAAGACUCCACCUGCCUC